AUGGAUGCUUUGUAUGACCUUCAUAUAAACUGUGGGGGUGAUGAACUAACAAUCAGCGGGACUAAGUACGAAGCCGAUAAUUCUGAUAGCAUCUACGAUGACAGUAGAACAACUUGGGUUUCUAGCAACACCGGGCGCUUCUUGGAUGUUGAACGUCAUCUCAAAGUACCAACCAUAUGGACUAAUACAUCAGAGCCUAGUAGUCUUUAUACAGAUGCCCGUCUCUCGGCCAUUUCCCUCACUUACUAUGCGUUUUGUCUUGGAGAAGGAAGUUAUACCGUUAAUCUUCAUUUCGCUGAAACUGUGUUCAGUGGUGACACUAUAACGUAUAGCAGUUUGGGGAGACGAUUCUUUGACAUUUAUGUUCAGGGUAAACUUGAGGUUAAGGAUUUUGAUAUUGUGAGUGAGGCAAAAGGUGCUGGAAGAGCUGUGGUUAAGAGUUUUCAGGCCAUGGUUACAAAUGGGACGUUGGAGAUAAGAUUGUUUUGGGCGCUCAAGCUAUUCCUAUUUCACUGGUGGUGGAACCUCUAUUGGCAUAAUAGUAGGCGCUUCGUUGGUGUUUCUUGUGCUCUUCAUGGUUGGCAUUUUAUGGUGGAGAGGUUGCUUGAGACCCAAGAGUCAGAUGGAGAAAGAGCACUUUUCGGUCCUCUAGAGACUCGAAUACAACUAGACUGGCCGAUAAGGCAGAAGAUUUGCGUUGGAAUAGCCAGCGGAUUAGCUUACCUCCACGGGGAAUCAAGACUCAAGAUCGUGCAGAGAGACAUCAAAGCCACUAAUGUCUUGCUGGACAAGGAACUAAACCUGAAGAUUUCGGAUUUCGGUCUUGCUAAGCUUGAUGAAGAGGAAAACACACACAUGAGCACACAAGCCGCAGGAACAUAUGGAUACAUGGUUCCAGAGUAUGCAAUGAGAGGUCACUUGACAGAUAAAGCAGACGUCUACAGCUUCGGCGGCGUCGUGGCUCUUGAAAUAGUUCAUGGAAGAAGCAGUACGAGCGCACAAUCCGUCUACCUCCUAAUUGAUUGGAAUGUCAAACAGGUUGAUCUGUCCCGUUCCGUCUCGUACCGCAGCGGGUUCGUCUUCGAGCGGGUCACGGCGGGUCAGGCCCGCACGGGCUGCGGUCCUCAAAAUGGCUGA